AUGAAACCAAAGUCAUCGACAACAAAUACUUCUCUCAACAACUCCAUUUCACUCUUGAAGAAGAGAAAAAUAACAACAACUCCAUCAUCGGAAUCAUCAAGCACUCAACCGGUGAGCUCGGAAAAGAAAAAGGCAUUAUUAGAUAAAUUAUCUCAACGAUAUAACAAGAGGGAAAUUGAUCCUGAGAAUGAUGAGGCUACUUUUGAGGAUCAACAAGCUCGAAACAAGUAUCAUGAUGAUGAUGAAAAUAGUGCAGAUGAUGGUGUGAGUGAACAGAAUAGAAUUUCCAUGCUUAGGUCAUUGGAUGAAUCCCUCACUCAAGGUAUAUACAAGGGUCACACCGUUCGGAAAGAAGAUUUGUUUGAUGACGGUGAUGAUUUGAGAGAACUUAAAGAACAAGAAGACUAUCUUGAAGAAAUUAAACGACUUCAACAAUUGCAAGACAGUGACGAAGAACAAGAGCAUGACGACGAACACGAUGAAAAUAUGGACCAAGAGGAUAUCAUGCAACAAAUUCAGGACAUUGUGGACGAAGAUUUAAAUGAUGUCACUGAUAAUGUGGAAUCUUUAAAGAAGUCUCGAAAUUUGGAAAAGAAAAAAGCAACGAGCGUGUUAAAUCAAAAAUUACUCUACGAUCACUUGUUAAAGAUAAGAAUCUUGUUGCAAAAGCCGCUCACAGCUUGUAACAGAUUCCCUCAAAAUGAACACUUUUGGGACUUUGUUGAAACAGUAGAUGACAUUUUAGGAAGCAACAAUACUUCAAACGAAUCACCAAUUGAGAAAAAGGAGGAUAGUAAUUCUGGUGAGGAGGAAAAUGGCGAAGCCAUUCCAGAGAAGUCUGAAAACUUGUCUAUACCGAAACGAGUUUCAACCUUGCAAAAAGAUUUAGUACACAUGAUUGCUGACAUGCUUUCCCUUCAAAGUGAGUUAAAAGAAAAGGGAAUGAUUGGAGAGAAUUCUCAAAAAAUUGAUGGCUUGUAUUUACAGGAUAAUUUAAGCAAUAACAAGGAAGGAGAUGUCUAUGAAAGAAUUUGGAAUGUUUUGAAUGAGUCCAACAAGAGCAUUGAAAAAUUCAGAAAUGAAUCCAUUGAACGAUGGGCAACAAAAACCAAAAUUCAAUCAAACGUGGGAGGUAGCUCUUCAAAGUUAAAUCUCAAAGUCAUCAACACUGGAAUCAUACAGCAAGUACAAAACGCACUGUCCAAUCCAAAAGAAAAACAGAAACUUGUUGACCGUACCCAUUUGAAACAAUUUGAAGGGAGUGUUCUUGGAAAAAGGGAACGAGACAUGAAAUAUCACGAAGAAACAGGCCUAGAAGUUGAUUCUGAAAUUUUCGAUGAUAAGGACUUUUAUCAAGUGUUACUGAAAGAUUUAAUUUCUGAAGUUGGUGGAGCCAGUUUAGGAUCAGAAAUUUCAUUCCGUAGAGCUCUCUCAAAGAACAAGACGAAAAAGGCACAAUACAGUGGAAAGACAAAGGGAAAAACCAUUCGAUACACUGUGCAUAACGAGCUUGUUAACUUUAUGGCACCCAACCUUGAUAAUGAAAUUCCAGAAUCUGCAACUACACUUUUUGCAAACUUAUUCGGUGGUGACACUGUUGAAUUUGUCGACGACGAAGAGGAAGAAGAAAAUGAGCAAACCAUCAAUGAAAAUGGAGAGAAUGGAAUGCUGACAGAUUCAGACUCUGCUGACGAUUCAGAAUAA